CCUGUUUUAAACACACAUAUACCCCCCGGGGACUAGAAGAGAGAGGAAAGAGACAGAGAGAGAGUUUGACCCCCACUGUCUAAGACGCGCAAUUUUCAUUUUUUUCGUCACCUUCCUCUUUCUUGCAAUGAACCCGGCACAGUCGACUCCCACUAGCAGCGCCACCACCUCCUCCUCCACCACCUCCUCCACCAACGCCACUACCAUUAUUGCCGCCUCAUCCGAAUCCACGUGCGGGUUUGAGGGAAACAGCGACAUAUACGGCCUCGGCAUUCGCGUGGGCAUCUACCUUCAGUGGCUGGCCGCCAUCGCCGCGGAGAUGGCCAGCCCGGCCGAUGUCGACGCCGCCCAGGCCGCUGAAGCCAGCUACCAGCUGGCCAUGUUCUCAGGGCUCAUCCUGGUCACGCAGGACCUCACGAUCGGCGUGUUCGCCGUCGAGGCCUUCCUCGUGCUGCUCUUUUGCUUCGCCGGGGUGUGGGUCGGCUCGGUGCCGGCCGCCGCGCGGACCUCGGGGCUGUCCAGCGGGUGGUGGCGGCGGUGGUGGUGGUCAUCGUCGUCGUCGGGCGGCCACGAGGAGGAUCCGCCCGGAGGAGGAGGACGCUGGAGUGGUAGUGGGGGCGCCUUGACGGGCCCGAUAACGACGACGAGGACGACGACGACGACGACGACGACAACCACCACCAGCAGCAGCAGCAGCAGCGGCGCCGGCUUGUUCCGGCAGCUGCUGGGGUGUGUCGCGUGCGCCUACGGCACCUGGACGCUCUUUGCCAGGCUGCGCCUCCUGCCGCGGACGGCGUGCGACGAGGUGGCCUUCUUCUUUGCGCCCGUCCGCCUGUUUGGCUGGUUCCACGACAUGUUCAAGGCCUUCUUCGUCAUCAGCCUGGCCGCGUCGACGCUGCUGCUGGCCGCCGAGCUCGUCCGGCGCGGCGCCGCCCUCGCCGCGGUGCUGCGCAACUGGCCCCCCGCGAUGAUCGAGCUGUCGUCGCCGGCGCCCGGCAACAACCACGACGACCCCGCAGCCGCCGCUGCUGCUGCCGACCCGGGAGCCGGCAAGACGACGGUGCUCCUGCGCCACGCCCUCGGCCGCGUCGCCGCCUGGGCCCUCUUCAUCGUCGCGGUCGAACUGACGCUCUGGUGGAAUGCCGUCCGGGGCGUCUACGAAUGCAGGACCUUUGGGCAGCUCUUCCCCCUCGUCCUGAGCGCAUCCAACCUGGUGGGCGUCUGCAGGCGAGUGGCCAAGGCCGUCCUGGCGCGAAAGGUUUCUUUCAAACUCUAAUAUUAGGCCUGGGUCAUGACAAGAACCAGGGCCCCGAGGGGGCGUAGAGCGAUAGAUCUGAGCUGCUGGGAUCGAUGAUAUAGAGCCGAGAUAAUGAGGGGAUGAACACCACUGCACACUCCUUAACACGGAGAAGCAUGAUUAAUUAAUCUUCGUAAUGAGGGUAACAUGACAUGUUCGUUUGUACAGGUUGUUGGCCUCUCUACAGCACUGAUGAGUUCACCAAAGUCUUUUAAGUCAUGACUGGAAAAGGGAGAAUGAUGGUUGGGAAAACGAUGAGAUGAGUUGAUACCCCGUGCUUGAUAAGGUAAUUCAUUGAUCAGUAAUACAAUGCAGAAAAGUCAUGUGAAGAAGAUGGAUGGCCAGGCUGUCCAAGGUGAACCGCUCUCUCAGUGACUUGCUCUCGCAACGCACCGCGAUCUGCGCUUUGGGCUGCCAGAUUGACCUCGAGUGCCGCACUAACUUCGACAUGCUCCAGUUUGCUAACGGCCUUGUACCAUUCAUGUGAUUAUCACCUUAACAAACCGGUUUGCUGUCCGAACGAAAAUC